UGUCGUGACCGUCUGAGCCGAUCAGCUGCGGAGGAGUUUGGAAAAAUCAAAAGUGACCCCAGAUCAGCUUCACCUGUCCGGAGCCGCGACAAGCCGCUCUCCCGUACACCUGCGCUCAGCUCGACACAGGCCUGUGCAACACUGAUGUUGGCUGUCCAGUGGAAGUGGAAUGGACGAUAGCCAUGGCACACAGUAGUCUGCGGUCAGCGUCCUCCCCCUCUCGUGAUGAAGUCAACCUCGGGCCGUCAGCGAACCCACAUGCCAGGCCCACUGACUUUGACUUCAUGGCUGUCAUUGGCAAAGGAACCUUUGGAAAGGUCCUGCUCGCCAAACUCAAAGCCGACAACAAAUUCUACGCCGUCAAAGUCCUGCAGAAGAAAGUCAUCCUGAAGAAGAAAGAGCAAAAGAACAUCAUGGCCGAGAGGAACGUGCUGCUGAAGAGUCUGAAACAUCCCUUCUUGGUGGGGCUGCACUACUCCUUCCAGACCCCGGAGAAGCUCUACUUUGUCCUCGACUACGUCAACGGAGGAGAGUUGUUUUUCCACCUGCAGAGAGAGAGGUGUUUCUCGGAGCCCAGGGCGAGGUUCUACACUGCCGAGGUAGCGAGCGCCAUCGGCUACCUUCACUCACUCAACAUCGUUUACAGAGAUCUGAAGCCAGAGAAUAUCCUCUUAGAUUCUCAGGGCCACGUGGUGCUGACAGACUUCGGGCUGUGCAAAGAAGGCGUCGAACCCGAGACCACCACCUCAACUUUCUGUGGGACGCCAGAAUACCUGGCACCAGAGGUCCUUCGUAAGGAGCCGUAUGACCGCACGGUGGACUGGUGGUGUCUGGGAGCGGUGCUCUACGAGAUGAUCUACAGCCUGCCUCCGUUCUACAGCCGCGACGUUGGAGAAAUGUAUGAUGGGAUCCUCCACAAGCCGCUCCCGCUGCCUCCUGGGAAAUCUGACAGUGUGUGCUCCCUGCUCCUCGGCCUCCUGCAGAAGGACCAGCACCGGCGCCUCGGGGCCAUCGCUGACUUUUUAGAAAUAAAGAACCACGUCUUUUUCUCUCCAAUCAACUGGGACGACCUUUAUCACAAGAGAAUCACUCCUCCUUACAACCCCAAUGUGAAAGGUCCAGCGGACACUCAGCACAUCGACCCAGAGUUCACCAGAGAGAUGGUUCCCAGCUCGGUGAGUCGGACCCCGGAGCUCAACGCCAGCACCGGCUCCAGCAACGCCUUCAACGGCUUCUCCUACGUCUCCAAUGAGGACAGCUUCCUGUGAGGCGGGAUGGGCCUGUCAUUGUCAGACACAGCUGGGCAAAACCUAGAUCAUAAAAUGUUUCCCGUAUCUGAACAACAAGGAGGUGGUUGAUUCGGUUUGGCUUGAGGGUGAUCACGCUCUACCUCUUUUCAGGCUAGAUCGUCUGAAAAGGGAGAGCACUUCAUGUUCAGUCGUAGCCACUUAUGUCUUAGCAGUGCGUCAUGAAUAAUUUUACAGAUUAUUCACUUUGGCAGUUUAGUGAGACUUGUGAAAACAUAAUGUAUAAAGUUGGAGUCUUAUGAUGGCUACGUAAACUAUAAUUCAAAUAUGGGAAGCAUUUUGUUUAGUCUUUGUCUUCUGCCCACUAUCAGACAGGAAACAAGCAGCCUUUUACCAUCAUGGGAGAAUAACCUGAACAUACAGAACCACCAGCAUUAAGAUCAUCUUUAAGAUGUGGAGCAAAUGUCAUCAUGCCAUUGAUUUACAAUGGCAUGACGACGAUGUUAAACUGGACUCACAC